AACCAACCAACCAAUAAUCAGACCAACAAACUUUCAAGACCCAUUUGUUUCACUUUCACCAUAAUAUUGAAAAUUAUGAAGAUGAGAAAAAACGAAAGUGAGUUAUGAAUUUUAAUGGAAGGAAUAUUGCAAUUUGCUGUUCAAUCUGUUGAAUGGACUUACUCUCUCUUCUGGCGUUUCUCUACUCAACAAAGGAUGUUGGUUUGGGGAGAUGGCUUCUACAAUGGCCCUAUCAAGACCACCAAGACCCUCCACCCUGCCGCCGCCGCCCAACAACAACACCAACAACAUCAACAUUCUGCCUCUCUUUCACUUCACAGAACCCAUCAGCUUACGGAUCUCUAUAACUCCUUAUCCGCCUCCGACACCUCCGCCGCUCUCUCCCCCGAGGACUUGACUGAGACUGAGUGGUUCUAUUUGUUGUGUCUCUCUUUCUCUUUUCCUCCAGGGUUCGGAUUGCCUGGAAAGGCAUAUUGCAAGAAGAAACAGGUGUGGAUAACAGGUGCAAAUGAGAUUGACAGUAAAAUUUUCUCUAGAGCCAUUCUUGCUAAGAGUGCUGGUAUAAAGACGGUGGUUUGCAUUCCUCUAAUGGAUGGCGUGGUUGAACUAGGCAGCACAGAUAAGGUAAAAGAAGACAUGGCCUUCAUCCAACACAUCAAAUCUAUAUUCAUAGAAACAGAAAGGCGGUGUGAAGCACAAAAGCCAGCAGUCUCUGAGCUUUCAACAUCCAAUUCUGCCACUUCCUUGGACCAUUUCUAUUAUAAGCACUUGUUUCAUAGUACCAACUCAAGCAACAGGAAAGAAUCAGAAUUAGAAGAUGAGAUGGAUUCCGACAGCUCGACCAGCAACAGUAGCAAUAGCAAUGCCGCCGAAGGAGGUGGAGGAGGAUGUCCUUGUUGGCCAAGUACUGUAGCUGGUGCCGUCAUGGCCAGCAAACCAAGUGAGUUAAUAAUGCAACUUGAACCAUCUGAAGAUAUCCGACUUGGCUCACCUGAUGAUGCUUCCAACAACUUUUUCCCUAAUUUGUCUCACUCACAAUCACCACCACCAGAACUCAACACUAAUUUUGACUACCAUCUACCUUCUAAUACCAAUGCUACUACUCAACUUCAACUGCCUACUCUAGGAUACUCUUCUGCAGCAGAGGCAGUAAUGACGGAGGAUCAAGACACCCACUACACCAACAUGCUCUCAGCAAUCCUAAACUUAAACCAAAACCACCAGUCGAGCCAGUGGCUGAACUCAUCUGCCGUCAGCAACAUCACUUGUUCCACCCAAUCAGCCUUCUCCAAGUGGACUCACCAUUCAGACGGUCUUUAUUGUGUUACGGCCGGAACAGCUAGCACAUCUCAAUGCUUGCUCAAGAGCAUUUUACACACUAUACCUUUCCUUCACAACAAACAUCAUCGUGAGCAAAAUCUAUAUAAAUUCUGUGAUGGGCAAUCCCAGAAUGGGAUAUCCCAAGAUUUUCUUGCCAACCCUGAAUCACUGAACGACAAGUUUAUCAUCUUAAGAUCUGCUGUACCUUUCACGACCAAAAUGGACAAAGCUUCUAUUUUGGGGGAUACAGUUGAAUACUUGGAACAACUUCGUCAGAAGAUUCAAGAUCUAGAAGCUCAAAACCGGGAAUUCCAAAGUAGUAGAAGGAUCAGUUUUCAAGAAGUACAGAGGAAUUCACCAGUACCUAGAACCUGUUUAGACAAAAGAAAGCUAAGAAUUUUGGAGGGUGUUGGGGAUGGAUGUACAAGGCCCAAGAUGCUCAAGUUGCCUUCACCACCAACUCCACUAGAUACCAAUUUGCAGGUUUCAAUUAUCGGAGGUGACGGCCUGUUGGAGCUCCAGUGCCCAUAUAAGGAAGGGCUGUUGCUUGACAUCCUGCUCAUUCUCCAAGGGCUUCAGAUUGAGACCACAGCAGUAAGGUCAUCUGUGAGCAAUGGAAUCUUCAUAGCUGAGCUACGGGCCAAGGUGAAGGAGGAUACAGAUGGGAAGAAAGCAAGCAUUUUGGAGGUGAAAAGCGCAAUACAACAAAUCAUACCCUGCGUUGAUACUUGAGCAUAGGGAAAAAAUAGUGAAUAUGGGAAUUCAAAACAUGAUGGGAGUGGAAGCUUCUCUGUGUUUUGUUUCCACACAAGAAUAGAAAAUCUGCACUUGCGAGCCAUUAGUUCUCAAACGCUGUUGCAUAAAAAAAAAAAA